ACGAUCGCUUCAGAAGCGGCAUACAGCAGUUGGGAAGUAAGACAUUGUUCGUUCAUAACUUAAAGUUGAAAUAUUUUUUUUCAUUACGUUAAACUAAAUUAAAAUGGCCCCAAUCGUCGAUAAGGAGAAUUUGCACAACGAGUUCAGCAAUGUGCAUUUAAAGUCCCCUGUUAAAAACAACGUUUUGGCUGAACGUAAUGAAAAUAUGAGUGGUGAAAGCAUGGAGGUCGAAGGAAAGACCACGGAGGUUGUUGAGUUUGACCCACAAAAGGAACCAUUGCUGAGGGACAACCCUCGCCGUUUCGUCAUAUUCCCUAUCCAGUAUCCUGAUAUUUGGGAGAUGUACAAGAAGGCUGAGGCUUCGUUCUGGACUGUUGAGGAAGUGGACCUUUCCAAGGAUUUAUCUGAUUGGGAGACUCUUAAGGACAGUGAGAGGCACUUUAUCAAACAUGUCUUAGCUUUCUUUGCUGCCUCUGAUGGAAUUGUUAAUGAAAACCUGGUUGAGCGUUUCUCUCAAGAAGUUCAAGUGACUGAAGCCAGAUGCUUCUACGGUUUCCAAAUAGCUAUGGAGAAUGUACAUUCCGAGAUGUACUCUCUACUGAUUGACACAUAUAUUAGGGACCCGAAAGAAAGAGACUUCCUGUUCAAUGCUAUUGAGACUCUCCCUUGUGUGAAGAAGAAGGCUGACUGGGCCCUACAAUGGAUUGCUAGCCAGUCAGCAACAUUUGCUGAGCGAAUUAUUGCAUUUGCCGCAGUUGAAGGAAUCUUCUUCUCAGGCAGCUUUGCUUCUAUUUUCUGGAUGAAAAAGCGUGGUCUCAUGCCUGGCUUAACAUUCAGCAAUGAACUGAUAUCUAGAGAUGAGGGUCUUCAUACAGAUUUCGCGUGUCUCAUGUACCGCCAUGUGGUUCAAAAGCCGAGCAAAGAACGUGUACUACAGAUUAUUAAGGAUGCUGUAGUAAUUGAACAGGAAUUCCUCACUGAUGCGCUGCCCGUUAGGCUACUUGGAAUGAACUGCGAACUUAUGUCAGACUACAUUGAAUUUGUUGCUGACAGACUACUUAUGGAACUAAUUGGGGAAAAGCACUACAACACAAAGAAUCCAUUUGACUUCAUGAAUCUGAUUUCACUGGAAGGUAAAACCAACUUCUUCGAGAAGAAAGUGAGUGAGUACCAAAAAUGGGGAGUAAUGGCCAACCAGAUGGACAAUGUAUUCACACUGGAUGCUGAAUUUUAAACUGACUUAACACUUACUAAACUGCAAUAGACCAAUUUGACAGUAUUAUUGACUCCAAUCAAACUGAAAAAUUAAGAAUGUUUUAUGAUAGCAUAAGUUACAAUUUUGUUUGAGACAAAAACGAGAAUUGUUUGACUGACAGAUUGUAAUUUUUCAAAUAAGACUUGAGGCCGAUUUCACAUGCUCUUGUAGCCAAUAUCUACAAAACUAAUUGAACUUUAUUAUAAUCAAUGCUGCUAGUUUUAUUUAUCAGAGCAUGCUGGUGAAAUUGGCCCUAAAUGUGUUUUUGACAUAUUGUGUAAGGAUAGAUAGUGUAGUUCUUUACAAUUAAGUAACAAGUUUUCUCAAUUUUUUGUACAGUUGAUGCAAUAGAUAUAAGGGCUUUUAGUACCUAAUAAUAUAUUUUAUAGUAAAAUGGGA